AUGGCAACCCGUUCCCGGAUGGCCUCUCAAGCCCAAUCCCCUUUCAAUUUGGGACACCUGGAACCCCAGCUUCCGCCAACCUCCUCUGUCGAAUAUGGCAAGGUCUCCCUUGAACAAGUCACCCAACUCCUCCUCGGCCUACUCGGCCAAGUUGAGCGCCUUGAGCGAGAAAUUGCUGAGAUCAAGGAAGCAGGGAUUGAGACCCGGACAAACGUCGAAAAUAUCUCACAAACCGUCGAUGUUGUCAAGGAUGGUCUCAAGUCCCUCCAGCUCCAAGGCCCCCUUACCCCAGAAGGGAACCAACCCAAGGCAGUGGAAGAAACGCCACGCCCCAUACCAAAAACCGAGCCUAUUGGAUUGGUUAGCAGGGGACCCUUCUGGUCAGAAACAACUAGGGAAAUCCCAGGUCUCGCCCAGCCUACCCCAAGAAGAGCCGCACCCCCGCGAGUCCCGUCUCCCCCUCCAUCUCCGCGUCUCCGAUCCCCCAUUGGAGCACCUGCCCCUCCUCCACCGGCUCCAGUCGCCGCAUAUCCUGCCCCGGUCAAAGUAGACCACCCAGACGCCUAUACAGGCAAGAUUGGGAGUGAGGCCAAACAGUGGCUCACAAGGAUGUUGGCCUGGACCCGGCUAAACUCGCGCAUGUUCCCCACGGACCAAGAAGUCCUAUCUUUCCUUCUGAUGAAUAUGAAGGAUUCCGCGGGAGCAUGGGCACACCCACACCUCGACCAGCUUGGAUCACACCGGGCAAUCAUCCAAACGGUUGAGGGAUUCAAAUUGGAGUUUUUGGCAGCGUUCGGUGACCCUGAUGCCACAAGGGCCGCCGAGCGGAAGAUUACCACGCUUACCCAGUCCGGCACAUGCGCGGAUUAUAUCACAAAGUUCAGAACCCUGGCAAUGGAACUGGACUGGAACGACGCGGCCCUCCGAGGCCAGUUUGCCUGCGGCCUCCACUGGGAGGUCAGCCGCCAAAUUGCUACCCGCAAACAUCGUCCCCAAACACUCCUCGAGCUGCAAAACGCAGCGCUCGUUAUUGACAACGCUCUCCAAGAAGAGCGUGCUAGCCACCCGCCGAGGGAUAAUAAGUCUAGCAAGCAACCCAACCCCGCAAGGGGAACGAGUACCGGCCAAUCAAGUACCGGUUCAAAGAAACUCUCCAACGACCCCAAUUUUGUGUUGGAGGAAGAAAGGAAUUGCCGCCGCGCCGCUGGCGCCUGCAUCAAGUGCGGCAAAAUGGGCCACAAGUUUGCGGAAUGCCGCACAGGCUGGAAGGCUACCCCUACUGAGGACAAAGGGAAAGCCAAGGAAACCGCCAAGAUUGGCAAAGACUCCGAGUACCAAUCGGGAAAAGAAAUUUCCCCCCUGUUCACAAUUUCGAUUAAACCAGAGAAGCAAGCAGAACACCUAGAAGUCCUGAUAGACUCAGGCACCACAUCGUCAUUUCUCCACCCCCGUACCGCUGAGGCACUACGCCUACCUCUCAUAGAUCUCCCAACACCCCGCACCGUCACUAUGCUCAAUGGGUCGAGCCCCCAGGCUGGCAAAAUCUGGAAAAAGGUGUCACUAACCUUUACCUUUGAUGGCAAGAAAAUGACUGAGACCUUCCUUAUAUGCAAUACAGGGUCUCAUGCUGCCAUUCUGGGUUUGAAAUGGUUGGACGCGCAUAAUCCAGAGAUUGAUUGGAAUGCACAAACCCUCUCCUUUCCCCAUACACCACCAGAACACGUGGCCAUUGCCAAAGAGGAGGAAGCUGAUCAAACACCCCUUGAAGGAGUACCCCCAGAAUACCACCAGUAUGCCAAAGUAUUCAGGGAGGAAGAAUUCAACAAGCUUCCCCCACACCGGCACUACGACAUUGGGAUUGAACUCACGGAGGAAGGCCCCCUCAAUUUGCCUCUCUAUAGUAUGACCAAUGCCAAGUCCACUACGCUCAAGGACUGGCUCAGGGACAAACUCAAGGCGGGCAAAAUACGCCCUAGCAAGUCUUCCAUCAGUUCCCCCGUGAUGUUUGUUCCUAAAAAGGACGGCUCCCGUCGCUUGGUUGUUGACUACCGCUGCCUGAAUAACCGGACCAAAAAGAACGUUUACCCGUUACCCCGUCCUGAUGACCUCAUGGCCCAGCUCCGUGGCGCCAAGGUCUUCACCAAACUAGAUCUAAGAUGGGGUUACAAUAACGUCCGGGUUAAGGAAGGUGACGAAUGGAAAACCGCGUUCCGCACCAAGUACGGCCUGUACGAAUCCCUUGUCAUGACCUUUGGCUUAACCAACGCCCCGGCAUCAUUCCAACAUUUUAUGAAUGAUUUGUUUAAGGACCUGCUUGAUGUAUGCGUCAUCAUAUACCUUGAUGACAUCCUAUUAUAG